AUGUCCUUGAAAAUCGAGAACACUGACCCCCAAAUCUACUUCCAUGGCCGAUGGGAUACUUCGCCAGGCACUUGGUGGGCCGGCACAGGAUUCAAAUUGCAUGUACAAAAUCUACACUCGCUGGCUCUGGAUCUGGGUCCUCACACUACGUCGCCGUUGACGUCCAUUGCAGUAUCGGUCGACUAUAAUAAUUUUACGACUGUAAACGUCUCAUCGGGAACGAAUGUCAUUCCUGUGAGAUCCCCGUCCCGAACUAGCGUCGUUCGCAUCAACGUCGAGGGUUGGCAGAAUAAUCGGAUGAAUCUUGAAAGCCUGGCGUUGAAUUCAGGUGCAAGCCUGCUGUCAUACAAGCCCUCAGAGCUUGCAUUCUUAUUCAUAGGCGACUCACUGUCUGCAGGGCAAUAUAUUCCUAUGGGGGUAGACCAGGCGUGGACUUUUAUUGUCGGAGAACGCUUCAAGGCAGAACACACAGUCAUCGCCCAGCCGGGAAUCACUCUGACGGAUGUACCAUCCUACGGCAAUGUACAUGGAAUGUCUUUCCAGUUCUUCAAGACAGAAGAUACUGGAUACUAUUACACUACCGACCACAACUACACGACGCCAUGGGAUUUCUCUCGCGAUAAGCCAACUCCUACGCACAUAGUAAUCCAUAUAGGGGCAAAUGACGCCUCUCAUCCGGUCUCUGGGGAUGAAUUUGUCCAGGUAUACCUCGACUUCAUACGCCGCCUCCGUCGGAUUUAUGACAGACAACCAAUCUUCGUCUUCACACCCUGGGGCUGGCCGGCUGCAGAUGGCGAAAUCAGCUAUUAUUACGACGGAAGGUAUGAACAGAUAGUGGUCAUGAGCAACGAUAAAAAUAUCUUCCUCGUCAAUGCGACAGGUUGGGUCUCGUGGGAUGAUGUGUUCCCGGACAACCUACAUCCAACCGUUGCCGGUCAUCAGAAGAUUGCCGGCGAAUUUAUGAAUUGGCUGGAAAACCGGGGCUUAAAGCCAGAGUCCCAGUGGGCUACGCCUGUAUUAGCUUGA